AUGCCUGAAUAUAAAUGUAAAGUAUUUGUUAACGCUCGCUUUGAUGUUGUUUGGCAAAAACUUCUGGAUAAAAUUGAACAUCCAGAAAAAUAUGUUCAAGGAAUUCGUCAUGUUGAAAUAUUAGAAAAUGAAAAAAAUCAUCUUUUAAGAAUUCUUCAAUUUGAAGAUGAUAAAUGGCAAGAAUUAAAAAGAUUACUUGCUAUUUCCACUUUAUUCAAAGUCAUAAAACAAACAAAUUCUUGAUCAGCAAGAGAUGAAAUUCGAUUGAAAUAUUUUUCGGGAUUUAGCUAUGUUUCACUUCGAGUUGAUAUUCGAGGAACUGGAAAUUUACAAGGAAUAUUUGAUGAUGAAUAUUCUGAACAAGAAUUAUCCGAUGGAUUAAAAAUUCUCGAAUGGAUACAAAAUCAAACAUGGUCAAAUGGAAAAAAUUUAUCUGGAAUUAUUUCAGCUUAUUCAACCGAUGAUCGUUAUAAUAAUGAUAUUCAUUAUUAUGGAGGAUGUUUAGCAGCACAAGAAGCUUUAUCAUGGCCAACUCAAAUGUUAAUUUUGUUAUCUGUUCCUCCACAUCCAUUGUAUCAAGGAGGAAUCGAUAAAGAUUUCGAUUUAAUUAAUGUUUGGAAAGAACGAUUACAUAACUUGAUGCCUUUAGAUUUUUAUUGGAUAAAACAUCAAAAUCGAAAUGAAUAUUGGCGCCAUGGAAGUGUUUGUGAAGAUUAUUCGAAAAUUUGA